AUGGAUUAUUACUCCAAUUACUUUGAGAUUGAUCACUUGUAUGAGGAAACUGCAUCUGAAAUCAUCAAGAGAACCAAACGUCAUUUCUCAGUACACGGUAUACCAGAUCAGUACUACAGUGAUAAUAUACCAUACAACUCUAAAGAAUUUCGCGAUUUUGCCAAAGACUAUGAAUUUGAACUUAUUACCAGCUCCCCUGAAUAUCCACAAAGUAAUGGUAAAGUAGAGAAUGCCGUAAAAACAGCCAAAUUGUUAAUGAAGAAGUCAAAAGAUGCAGAAACGAAUACCUCGAACUACUUAAUUGGAGAAACACACCAAGUGAAGGAAUGGGAACAUCUCCUAUACAACGUUUAUGUGGUAGACACACAAAAUCACUGCUACCAACAGCUCGUCUACUGCUAA